CGGAGGGCUGGGGGCGGGCCCGGAGGGUCUCCAGCGCGCAGGCGCCUCCCUCCCGCCUUCCCCGCCCCGGCUCCGGGGCGCGAGGCCUGCGGCGGGGACGCGGACUGAGGCCCGUGCUGCAUCAAGGCACAGAGAGGCGCGUUCGUUUUCUCGAGGACACACGGCGGGUGUGAGCCCACGCGAGAACGCAGCCCGCGGUGCUGAUUCCGGUUGUCUGAGCGCCAGCGUUACAGGUCCAGUCGUCUGCCUUCAGGACAAGCACCAUCAUGCCCCUUCUGGUGCCCAGGUGGCCUGCGUGGCUCUUCUGGUGGCGGGCAGCCUGCACUCGGAGAGCCUUCGUGCAGCAGAGGAUGUGGGCAGGGGCCACCAGGAUCUCUGGGCUGGGCGGCCCCGCGGGGGCCCUGGGCACCAGCCCCCUGGUCCGAAGAGGCAGUUCCUCUGCUUCCUCCAGUGCUCCUGGGGUGAGGCUAACUCGGGACCGCUACCCCAUGCAGCGGCUGCCGUUCUCCGUGGUGUCUGAGGACGACCUGGCCGCCCUGGAGCGCAUCAUCCCUGGCAGGGUCAUCACAGACCCAGAGGAGCUGGAGGCUCCGAACGUAGACUGGCUGAGGACGGUCCGAGGCUCCAGCAAGGUGCUCCUCCGGCCCCGGACAUCCCAGGAGGUGGCUCAAAUCCUCAGGUACUGUCACGAGAGGAACCUGGCGGUGAACCCACAGGGCGGCAACACAGGCCUGGUGGGGGGCAGCACCCCCGUCUUUGACGAGAUCGUCCUGUCCACAGCCCUCAUGAGCCAGGUCCUCAGCUUCCACGACGUGUCAGGGGUUCUGGUUUGCCAGGCGGGGUGCGUCCUGGAGGAGCUGAGCCGGUACGUGGAGGAGCGGGGCUUCGUCAUGCCGCUGGACCUGGGGGCUAAGGGCAGCUGCCACAUUGGGGGCAACGUGGCGACCAACGCGGGUGGCCUGCGGUUUCUGCGAUACGGCUCACUGCGCGGGACUGUCUUGGGCCUGGAAGUGGUACUGGCCGACGGCACCCUCCUGAACUGCCUGACGUCACUGCGGAAGGACAACACGGGCUAUGACCUGAAGCAGCUCUUCAUCGGCUCAGAGGGCACCCUGGGGGUCAUCACCGCUGUGUCCAUCCUGUGUCCGCCCAAGCCCAGUGCCGUGAACGUGGCCUUCCUUGGUUGUCCUGGCUUCGCGGAGGUGCUGCAGACCUUCAGCACCGGCAGGAGGCUGCUGGGCGAGAUCCUGUCGGCGUUCGAGUUCAUGGACGCCGAGUGCCUGCAGCUGGUCGGGCGCCACCUGCAUCUCACCAACCCCGUGCAAGAAAGUCCAUUCUAUGUUCUCAUCGAGACCUCGGGCUCUGGAGCAGAUCACGAUGCUGAGAAGCUGAGCAGCUUCCUGGAGCAGGUCCAGGGCUCCGGGCUGGUGACCGACGGGACCCUGGCCACCGAUCAGAGGAGAAUCCAGGCGCUAUGGGCCCUGCGGGAGAGGAUCUCAGAGGCCCUGAGCCACGACGGCUACGUGUACAAAUACGACCUGUCCCUGCCCCUGGACCGGCUCUACGACCUUGUGGACGAUCUGCGUGCCCGCCUCGGCCCGAGUGCAAAGCACGUGGUGGGCUACGGCCACCUGGGGGACGGCAACCUGCACCUCAAUGUGACGGCGGAGGCCUUCUGCGAGUCGCUGCUGGGGGCCCUGGAGCCCUAUGUGUACGAGUGGACGGCCGAGCGGGGCAGCGUCAGUGCCGAGCACGGCCUGGGCUUCAAGAAGAGGGAUGUCCUCGGCUACAGCAAGCCCCCCGAGGCCCUGCGGCUCAUGCAGCAGCUCAAGGCCCUCCUGGACCCCAAAGGCAUCCUGAACCCCUACAAGAUGCUGCCCACCCGCGCCUGAUGGCCGCUGGGGUCAGCGGGAGGCUUGGGCAGCGGGGCCCUGGUGCGGUCUUGGUUUUGCUGGGGGGGCCUGCUGGGCUGGCAUGGGCUCAGAGGGCCCCCGUCCGAUGGAGCCAGCAGCUGGCCAGGUGACCGGCCGGGUGACUCAGGGCAGGAUUCCUCUGUUGGCUCUGUCGAGUGGGUCCUCUCUGCCCAUGCUCUGGGUGGGCUCUGGGCAGGCUGGCGGGUGAGCUGUGCUGCCCGAGCAGAGUCGAGCAGGUGGCCCGGCCUUGCUGUGGUCUUGGGAUCCUGUGGGAGGGGACACGGGGGUCCUGCCCCUGGGCUUCCACACGGCGCCAGCCUCUGAGGGCCUUGUGCAGAGGUGAUGAAGGCUGCGUGGGUGGUGCAGUGCCGUGAGGCUGGUCUACCCGGGCUCUGACGGACCGAGCCUGGGCCACCUGGCACUUUACAGGCAACUGCUGGUCACCUUUGGAUGCCCUGCCCCGGGGGUGUUCCUCCCCUCGCUUUUUAGAAGGCCCCUUGGUGGGCAGGACUGUUGUCAGAGUCAGGUGUCAUUCCCUGCACUUGGUGCUCUGUGGGACGUGUCCCUGGAGACGAGUUCUUGGGCUCUGCCACCAGGUGCUGGGUGGCGGCGCCGCCGGGUGCGAGCUUGGCAUCAGUUACCCGAGCGGUCGUCCUGCGGGCCUUGGCCCCUGGGCCAGUUGCUGGGGCUGUGGAUGGACGCACGCGGGCGGGGAGCAUGGACACGUCCUCUUUUUCUGGCUGCCACGAACUUCCAGUAAAACGGGAAUUAGUCACGACUGCCUUUCCUUCUGUCACUUGAAAAACAAUCUCGUGAGAGCCCCCGGAAGUGCCUGUGUGCUGCAUUCCUCAAGCGUGCAGACAUCGGGGCCUGACCAUGUGGAUGGGGGGGCGCCCCGUCCCCACACCAUGUCCCCUGUGCCCCACUUGUCAGAGGUGGUCAGGUCUUGUUUGCGAUGCACAGGGAGGCGUUUGUGCUGCAUAGUUGCGUCCCCGAAAAGAUUUUGGGACCCAGCGAGCUUGUCUUGGGUAAUUACAAUAAUGCCUGAAUUAUUAAAAACUUGAUAUUUUGAGGCA